AUGAAAGACAAGAAGCAGAAGCAGAGCAAGGAUUCACGAGAGGGCGAGGGCCAUGAGGUAACAGGGUGGGGAGCCCACGAACGUAAGCCCAAGAGCAAACGCCCGAGCGUCGCCUCCCUCUACCUCUUGGCUUCCCCCCACCUCAUCACUAUAAAUAUCAACUCCGACCUUCUUGCCCUCUUUUUCCUCCCACUUCCGUCUUUUCACCGCGUCUGCCUCCGACUUCCGUCAUUGGAUUUGACGGGGUCGCCGGAAUCUGGCCCGGCAGCUUUUGCGUCGCCAGCUGUCAGCAGACCUCGAGCUUCAGAUAUCUGUGCCGGUGGAAGUGCAACAUCAAACAUCAGAUAUCUCUGGUCUUUGUCUCUUAUUGAAGUGCGGAUGGGCCAUUCCUGCCUGCUCCAUCAACUUCCUUGCCAUUUCAAAGCAAACUCUGUUGCUACUCGAGGCUUGUCACCUGAGUGGGAGUGAGGGUGACGCGGCCGCCUUAGUUGAAGAAGAUGGUGUGAGCCAGAAAGAAAUGCACCGAUCGCUUGGGAAGGUCGGGCGGAUCUGGGGUUUUAAUAGUAAUAUGUAAACGAUUGGUGUUCUGUAAUUUAAAUACUGUGGUACACGAUCAAAUUUUAGCACUUCUCAUCCUUAAUUAAUAUGGUGCUCCUUGCCUCAAAAUAAUGCAUUUGCAGUUA